AUAAAAAAAUCUAAUCGCCCAUAAUUUGCCCCGCCCUUUCUGUCACACCUUCCCACGUUCCCUCUUUGACACAAUCACCAAAAGGUCAAACUUCUCUACCCGGCCAAAAACUCCUCCGGAACCUAACCGGAAAAUGACCACAUAUGGCACGAUCCCAACCGCAUCGUCGCCGGGAGCCACCACCAACAUCGAGUACAUAUCUCGAGCUAAAGAAAGGAUCAAAGAAGGGUUAGGCACUCGCAGACCAUGGAAAAUAAUGUUCAAUUUCCAUUCUUUUAAGCUCCCUACCAAUCUAGCAGAAGCUCUGGUCCGACUGAAGACUAACGCCGCUUACUUUGGCAUGAACUACGCCAUAAUAAUACUGAUAAUCUUGUUCUUGAGCCUUCUGUGGCACCCAAUCUCGCUUAUAGUGUUUAUAGUGAUGAUGGCUGCGUGGUUGUUCUUGUACUUCUUGAGGGAUGAGCCAUUGGAGGUUUUUGGCCGGACGAUCGACGAUCUAGUGGUUUUGAUCUUACUUGGAGUGCUGACGAUAGUGUUCUUGUUGCUGACCCAUGUGACUUUGAAUGUUAUAGUGUCGCUGGUGAUCGGAGUGGUGGCUGUGGUGGUGCAUGGAGUUAUAAGAAAGAUUGAUGAUUUGUUCUUGGAUGAGGAGGCUACUGGGUUGAUGAGUACUGCAAGUGGCGGUGGUGCUGCUUCCUCUUCUUCUUGAUUGUGAGGUUCUUUGUGUUUAGUUGAGGUUAAUGGGUACUACUACUGAGAUUAAUUAAUUCCAAUUUGCUGCUAUUUGGCUUUUUUUUUUUGGUUAUUUGGUGUUCACUAAUUCUGGUUUUCUCAUUUCUAAUCGUGGUUUGGAUUUUGAAGUUGCUGGAAUUGAUAGGAUUUCAGUUUUGAUUUUGCUCUGGUUCCUUUUUCAUUUUUUUUUUUUUUUGGGGGGUGGGUGAAGGAACAGCAAGAAAAACUAUUAUUAGCUAACUAAUCCUCGACAUGAUUGCUUUUUCUAGCUCAUGUAAUUGAUAGUUUUUGUGUUGUGGCUCC